AUGCGCGGGCGGGGUGAGCUCCCCAAGGCGAGGUCCAUUCUUAUCAUGGACAACUUGCACGCGCAGACCACGGACGAGUUCAAGGAGUAUCUUGCGAAGCACUGCAACACUCUCGCCUGGUAUGGCUCUUCGGAGUGCACGGACGAGGUGCAGCCAGUUGAUGCAGGAGGAGCCGGACGAUUUCUCAAGGUGGAAGUCGAGAGGCAGAUGAACAUAUGGCUCGAGCAGUCGGACAACCUCGAGAGGUGGGAAACCGCGUCGCUGACAGCUUCUGAUCGGGGCGUCCUGAUCACUCAGUGGAUGGGAGCGGCCAUGGCAAGACUCAACAGCCAACAGGCGUACCGAUACCGUCUUUUCAACAAGUGCGGGAUAGCCAUGACCGUGGACGGCUCGGGCGAUGAUCGAGUCACCUUGGAGGGUUUGGACAAGCCGUAUACCUUCGCUAACGAUGAAGACAGUAGCGACGACGAACAAGGUUCGGAGAACGGCAACAAUGAGCUCGAGGGGCGGGCGGAGGAGGGCGAUGGACGACGAAAUAUGAACUUGGCAAAUAAGAACUGGUGCUCGGGUUGGGGCAGCCAAUAAGAACUGCGCCUCGCCCAAUAUAGGAGGUUCUUAAGUGCGGGCCGGCACUGUAUGGUCCAUCCAACACAAUUUGUCCGAACUUCAGUCCGGAAUUUAGGUGCACUUUUCUCUGCACACAGGUGGUUGUUCCGAAAUCCGAAAGUACCGGCAAACGCCCUGUUUCCAGGCACAUCGAUCUACGGAAAGCGAUUUUUACUUUUUUUUUCCCGCUUCUUCGUUAUUUCCAAAUAUCCCGAAUUAUUGGCUUGGUUUUUCCUGGGGUGUGUUUUUCUCAGAGCACAAUUCUGAGACCGGAUUUUGAUAGCUCUCGAAAAUCCCCAGGUGUUUUUUUUUUCGAUUAUUGAAAAAAACUCCCGUUCGCGAGAUAUUUGUAUUCUUGUUUGGCCGCCCUGCAAGCGGGGAGGAGUUUUCCCCCGUGGCUACGCGAGCCCCCACCCCGCUUGUGCGCAGGGCGCAACACACCCCCACACGCUCUGCAACGGUGCUCAGCACCCAAAUUCGUCAUGUGUCGGCGGAAUAAGCGCCGCCGCACACCUCAAAGGGGAAGCGGCAGCCAAUUCCAGCGCCGUGAGUGCUCUGCGUCAGCUGCCGAUCCACCAACCCCCGAUGACAGCACCCUCUCUACCAUGGAAGUCGACGACGACCAAGACCGCGACGAGUCAUAUCGCGACGAGAGCACUGGUGCCUCCUCAGGUAGUGGACAGGUCACGCUGUCUUUCGUAGGGUCUGCUGAUGCAUGCGUCAUGUCCGCAGCAGUUCGAACGGCAGAGACUGCUGUGUGUCCAGAGGUUGGGCCGCCUCGGAGUGCGGCUCAACCUCACCGCUCGACAAUCGCCCGGCGCACAUUCAGAUGU